UGUCUCGUGGACACGUGGUUAUUUGGAGGUGAGAAGAAUUUUGAACGACUUGUCACCUUUCCUGUGGGAAUUUUGAUUGUGCAACCUGAUGUGUUUUUAGAUCCUGUUGAAGGGGUUUUUACACCAGAAAUUCUAAAUUUAUUCUGCGGUGCCGCGUCUUCAGUGAAAAUGUUAUUUACGGUGUGCGUGUGUCAACGUACCAAUCAAGAUUCAGCGGACAUGGCCCGGAUCCUUUUUUCUUUACUUCUAUCCUUUUGAAUUCGACCGAAAAUUACGACACGCAAGCGGCCAUGUGGACUUUUGAUUUCAAUUUUGGCCUUGUCUCAAACACAAGUAAAUCGCCCGUAAUACUUCGCGUCAUUUUGGAACUGCUAGAGUUAAAUAACACGUCUUCGCUAUUUGCCGUCAGUUCAAAGGAACGAUUUCAACACAUCAGAAUAAUCGGCCGAAACAAUUCUGAUCAAGCCAAUGUGUCAGUCAACUUUGACCAUGUCUACAGCGGGCACUACAAACUCAAAGUGGAAGAGUGUAGGAGUCGAUUCAGUUGUUUUCAAACUAUUCACGAAUCUGAUCUUGGUGUUGUUAGUACCGAUCUUACUAACAUUGAUGUCGCUAGGAUGAACAUUAGCAUUAGGACCACACCUACUGAAAUUGGAGGAAUGGACGUUUCAUUUGCCGUCCUAUAUUUUAACGUCUCAAACGCAUUCCUGCCGUUUGAGGAAUUUAUGGUUUCGCUCAUUUCUGUUGACGGCGUUCAAUCGUUUAGUCGAAGAGUGAUUGGCGAAACUAAAGCGGAAUUUCGUUCGUGUAGGAACAACAACGACUCAAGCGUUUCCACCGAUUGCUAUCAACUUGUCAACGGACAAUACAUUACGAGGAUUGAUCCUAUCGAUUCGAGAUGCAAUUAUCAGAAACAAGUUGUCGCCUCUAUUAAACGACCUUGCAGGCGAUACAUUUUUACGAAUAUUAACGUCAUUCCAAGUGGGUUUUUCAGAUUUGCUUCAAGCAAUGAACUAUCGCGUGUCAUUGCAUUGCAUCAUUUAGGGCGGUUUUCCAAAUUUUCCUUGUGAAUUUUUUUUUUACUUUAAGUCAUUGACAGUUAAAAAUGUCAAACAAGUCGUAUCCUUGUGUUGUAGAGCAUUGCGCAAUUUGAAAAUUCCCUUUUGAUGUCAUCCUGACGUGUUUUUACUCGUCUUCCGUGAUCCGGCAUUCUAAUAACCUGUUUGUGACGUAAAUGACAAAGCGGUGGCCUUGGGAUCAGGAACACUAAACGGGGAAUGCAAUGCAAGAUAGCGACAAAUGAUGAUAUAAUUUACUUUUAUUGGCUAGAUAUUCAAGUUUACAUUAAUCAAUUAAGAGUGAGUUACGAAACGUAGCAUAUGUUUUUAAGGGAAAUCAAUUCGCACAGCAAAUCAAUUUCCGGCAAAUAUCAGGUACCGUUCCAAGCAGUAUAAUUUGAUUGCCAAAACAAAGACAAUUGUUUUAGGUUAUGUAACAGCGAAGUGCGUGAAAGUUCAAUUGGUUGGAAUGGUUUGAUAGUUUAUGUAAUGGUAUUUUUCUCAAUGAACGUAGCGUAACGGGGCGCUAGUUUCUUCGUCGGCAACGCCCUCAAAAUCAAAGGUCGGCUGAUAUCAAAUGAUUUUUUUUUGUGGGCCACGGAAAUCGAAUUCCCUUUUAAUUUUUAAACAAAAAUUAAGGGGCGUUGUUGAUUAAACUUUAAAUAUUUGAAUUUUUUAAUGCCUUCAAAUCUUUUUUUCUGGGGUUUGAAAAAGAAUUAAUUGUUAUAUAACGGAUCUUGUUGAAUUAAGUUCAUGGUAGGAUUUUCGUAUUAAAAAAAGAGAGAUUAUUAGAACACUUUAAUCAAAUAUUUUUUCAUUAGUUACGCAAUUGCUUCUUUUGGGACUUCAAACGUCUAAACUGUUCUGCCAAGAAAACAAGGAAUGAUAUCAGAACUCCAAUGCCAAGGAUAAAAAAGGCGCUGGCCAGAUCUUGAAGGUUCAAUCGUCGUAGUUUUUUCGACUUAUUUUUCUUUUGAGAUUCGCAAGGUGACUCACCAAACGAAUAUCUCUUGCGCCAAUGUCCAACAAGCCCAGUUUGGUACAGUUCCAGGAUUCUUUGAUAAAUAUUCGUAAUUAAUUCCCAAACAUGAAUUGUUCAAUUACGAAAACUUACCCUUUAUUCAUUGAAGUUUUAUGAAUAUCGCCCUUUCUAAGAAUCAGACCACAAAGUCCAUAAUCUUUUAUGGGUUGGCCAAUGUGGACUCUGCACUUUCCAGUUUCCUGAAAAUCCUUGCUCAAGCGGAAUUUUAAAUAGUUCACCACCUAGUUUUAUAAUAAGAUACUAAUUGAAGACAUUCGUAAACUAUAAUAAUAAAUUUCAAUUUACAUCAUUAUAGGCACAGCAACCCGAUGCAACUUUUUGAAAAGCAGUCUCCUGAUCAGGAACGAAAUUCUCAGGAUGGCGACGAAACAUGUCGCCCAUUUUCUUCAACUUCCCGGUUGUGGCGCUCUGCAACCAAAUGAAAAGACUUGAUGAGGGGAAACUGCAAGAACUAAUGUAAUGAAAAUAAUUGCAAGACCAAGAUGAAUUCGCGGGCGAAUCCGUCAUCAAAUGCAAGGUAAGAUAGAACUCCUUGUUCCAUAACUAUCAUACUAUGUCUGGGUGGAAUACUCAUCUUCCUAGCAGUGAUGUGGGCCGUGAGUGUUCCGCUGUAGACGUUGACCAUAACCAAGGCAAACAGGCACCAAACACCAGCCGCCAAACGAAAUGAUAUUCGUGAUUGGUGGUUUGGUUGCCAAAACACGGACCCUUUUUUAAAUAAUAAUUGCGCAAAAUCGUUGAAAAUGGACAUGCUCCCGAAAGUAAAUUCUACCUUUUUUGUGGUUUACCUUGGUUUAUCAAUACGGCUGUAGUGUACAAAAAAUAGUCACCAAUACGGAACGAUUUCGCAUUUUUGUUGGAGCCACCAAGGUUUAAGGUUGAAGAAGCGGAGAAAUAGAUGGUCACCGACACCAAGGAGAUUAGCACCAUUAACCAUACCUAUUUUUUUUAGUUUAAAUAUUACUUAUUAGUUAUUACAAAUGAAUUAAUAAGCCGUUAGAUAUAUCAAAUGUACGAUUGGUUGAAAAGGUGUGAUAGUCGAUGUAAUGGGACUCUCUUCAGUUAACCCGGGAGUAAGUAGAGCGCUGGGUUCUUCGUCGGCAACUCCCACAAAAUCAAAGAAUCGGCUACGACCAGAUGACAAUAAAAUUUGCGGACCCAGCAAAUCGAAAUCCUUUUUUUUUAAACAUAAAAUCAGAAGUUAUCUGUUAUUUUAAAAUCUUGUUGAAUUUGGAAAUUGUUUUUCAAUGCCUACUCCACGAAGGAGACGACCGGACGCUCCGCUCCAUGAGGCACUUCCGUUCACAAUUUGAAGAUUACCCGCAAUGUUGUUGUUCAUGGGAAUUAUUUUAUACCUAUUCGUACAGAAAAAAUUAUUUUAAAUCAGAGGAAUUCAGUAGAUUCAUUAUCAGAUGACCGACUCAAACUUUUGACGUCUUGAGAGCCAUUUGAUCGCUUCUACCCAACUUCCUUGGUACGGUCCAUUUUCGAUUCCUGUCGAAUUUUUCGCCAUGAAAUGCGGAGGCCUCUGUUAAUAUCAAAAAUGAAAUCUCAAUUGCACAAUCAGUUAAGUUUCGUUGAAACGAUCAAUUUGAUUUAAGCGGGAGAGAGUAAACGUGUUAGGUGUAAUUUGCUAUACCUCAAGCAUUCCGAAUUUCAAAAGAUGCUGAUGCGAGUUCACCAGCAAUCCAUUUAAUAGGAGAAAUAGAAUUUGAAUUUUCAUAUUUCUUGUUCGGCCUCAAGUUGAUGUGGAUGAAACCAGGGCUCCAACUGGAUUUAAAUAUCUUCCUUGAAUCUUAUAUAGGCUAGCCUAGAUUUCUGAUACGAAUCUUUACAAUGCACAGCAAUUUUGAAUGCAGUAUUCUGCAAGGAAUCAAUAAGUCGGUUGGUGUCCAUCGUAUGUUUUUUGUUGUAGGAAGGGAAAUUGUUUUAAAAUUGGAUGCCAGCAACAGUGGUCGUCGUGGUAACGGUUUGUUUUCAAAUUUGAAUUGACUUGGCAUUGACAGUCAUCUGUCACGCAUAACAGCGAUUUUGUUGAAUUAAUCUGUUAAUAUCAAACUCGGCACUUGCAUCGACUUUGCCUAGCACACUCUAUUUGCAGUUGACGUGUAUGCUGGGAAAUUUCAACGACAAACGACAAGCGACUGCUCAUCCAAGUUUCGAACGUUUUUCACUCGGGAUUUCUAAGAUCACAAUAUAAGGGAAAUGAAACUAUCUCAAAUAAUUUUUAGAAUUUGAAA